GAGGACUUAACUAAUCUUGGACUAACACAGGUGGAAAAGAAUCGUUUUGCUUCAUUGAAGAGUGAUGUCACCAGAUUCAGAGGCCCACACCAAUCUGUUCCAUCAGUGCAAAAGUCAUUAAAGUCAUUCUUUCUAAUGUAUACAUAUCCCAAAUGCCCUGAAAUGAAAAGCAUCACAGAUAUGGAUCCAGCUCAAAGCACUGUUGAAGAUCUGAUGCAAAGGAUACAUCACAACGAAGGUCUUGAGCAAAGCAGGGAUGUCUGUCUGUUUACUCAAGAUGGAAUGCCUCUAACAGAAGAUCCCUUCUUCAACACAUGGUCCUUACAAGAUAGACAUAUUAAAAGUGGAGAUGAAAUUUUUGCAAUAUUCACACCAAAGCAGAAUAUGAUACAAGCUCCUGCAAAUUCACGGCAUUCAAAUUUUGAAACCAGUGGAACAGACAAGGUUCGAUGUCACGUCAUGCUCAAAGGAGAUUAUGAGUUCACAGUGAACUUGAAAGAAGACACCAUUGCUGUUUUGAAGAGCAAGCUUGCAAAUGUCUGUGGAAUUCCAGCACACAUCCUACAUUACAAAGGUGAAGGAGGCUCUGGUGACACUUUGGAAAGUUGUGGAAUUACAGAGGAGUCAACAAUAUACUUCUCACUGUCCUCAUUCUGCACUGAAGCUCAAGCCAGUGAAUUCUUCAUUGAUGAUGUUGAGCCUUCUGUCCAGCAAACUUCCACAGGAAUGAGUUAUAUGCUUUCAUCUAUCUAUAUAAUUAAAUGUAACUUUUCUGGGGAUGCACAGACGAAACUAGUUAGUUACAUACGCAAACUAACUGGAUGCAACCCUCUGGCCCAGAGUUUGUAUCAGUUACUCCAAAAGAAUGAAUCUAUAUCCAGGACACAAAAGAUUGCUACAGUUGAGGGAUUGUACAUCCUGUUCAGAGAGCUUUUGCCAGGUAUUGGAGAAAAACAAUGUGGAAAGACCAUCGAUGACCAAGAUGUCUUUGAGCAUUCAACAUACUGCUGGGCAUAUCUCAUGUCUGAAGCAAAGGACCACCCAACAGAGCAUGAGAACUUUGCUCCAUAUCUUUUAAAGAGCGAGGAUGGCAGCCGUUUCUGUGAACCAGUCAAGGUCCCUGGGGUACCAAAUGUUAUGGAAAGAGCUACUGUUUUGCGAAUGAUAAAAGAUGGAGACAAGAUUCCAAACUGCACUGAGGACAAUUUGCGCGUAACGUCACUGGUGAGGGCAACAGACAUUGAGAGAAUCCUGCUCAGUGUUCAUCCAUCAGUAACAACUUACCAUUUUUGGAUUUCUCAUGGCAGUGUGACUGGACAGAACUUUAACAUAAUUACUGGAAAAACUUUUGGAAGCAUGGCAGAGAACCUGGAGGCUUUUCCACAACUCACUGUGACCCCGCCACUGUGUCUGAAAGAUAUAGGACUUCAAGGUCCACGUCUUGUUUUCCUGAGUAAAGGAAUGCUUGGUGUUUAUCUCCAUAAACAUAAGAUGAGUCCACAAAUAAUUUGUGCAUAUGAUGUCAUUGCUGGCAAAGCAAGACAACUGGAUGUGGAACAGCUGGCAGCUGAGUAA